AUGAGUAGUUUAGAAUCAUCUCCUAAAAAUUCUCUUAAAAUAGUUGAUAUUCUGGAGAAGUACAAAUAGAAAAAGGCUAUUAUGAGUCCUCUUCCUCUUGAAUAGUUUUAAUAGAUUGUUUAGGAAGCUGGAUAAGAAUUACUUUAAUAACAUCCUGAGUGUGAGAAUACUCAUUUCAUUCCAUUCAAACAACUCAAUUAAGAUGCUAUAGAUGAGUUAUAAAGAUCUCUUCAUUAAUCCAAGAUUAUGUGGAAUCAUUUUAGUAGAGCUUUAUUUGCAGCAAGUCCUAUUGAAAAUAAAAAUAGUUCAAAGAAAAUGGAAUUGUUGCAUAAUAGAGAUGCAUAUUAUAGGAUAAAGAAAUAAAAUGAUAUACAGUUGAAGUUAUAAAUAGAUGGAAUAAAUAAGGAAUAUCAAAAAAUUCAUCUUGAAACUUAGGGAGUAAAAUCAUAUCCAUCGAUUUCAACAAAGGACUAAUUUCGUUAAUAAUAGAUUAAAAGAUAAUUAUAGAUGGGAUGUAGUUAAGAACUGGUUCGUUAGGAAACUGAAUUAAUUUAAUAAUAAAUUGAACAAACUAAAUCUCGAUUAAUUAAUGAAGUCAAGAAAAUUGUCGUUUAUAUUUACAAUAAUUAAAACAACGGAUGGAAUCCUUCAUCUAGGGAAAGUAGUGCCAUGGUUAAUUAUAAUGAGAAACUGUAUCUUUUUGGUGGAUCAGGAGCUGGAAAUAUGAGUGAUCUAUGUUAGGCAACUCUAGAUAAAUGUAUAAUUAUAUUAAUAUUAGAAUUAUAUAAAUGGAUGACAAUAAAAUUAAAGUAAUAAAUUUAAUGUAGAUCUUAUCAUACAAUCAAUGUAUAUAAAAGUUAAUUGAUCAUAUUUGGUGGUGUUUUAUUUUCACCGAAAAAUGAAGAUAGGAUUCAUUGUGAAGUUACAAAUGAAGUUAUUCACAUUAAUUUAGUAAAUUAUGAUAUGAAGAUUGUACAACAUGCUGGCAUAGCAUCUCCAAGAAAAGCACAUAUAGCAGAAGUUAUUGGGAGAUAUCUUUUAGUUUAAGGAGGUAUAGAUUCAAAAGGUCAUUAUUUAAAUGAUUUUCUUGCUUAUGAUAUAUUAACAUAGAGAUGGUAAAAUGUAGAAGUUAAUAUUCCAGUAUUUUAAGAUGGUAUUGCAUUUCAUAAAUCUUGUUGUGCUUUAGAACAUAAAACAAUUGAUCUUUAUAAAUAUGAUCCUGAUAUUAGUUAUGAGAAUUAAGGCAUUUAUAUAUUUGGAGGUUUAGAUUCAAAUGGACAUUACUUAGAUAAACUAAUAAAAAUAGAUGUUAGAAGAAGACCUAUAUAUAUUGAGGAAGUGUAACCAAAAGGUAGAGCUCCAAUUAGUAGAUGUUAGCAUUCAAUGUCAUAUGUAGAAUUGUCAUAAUAAAUUAUAAUUUAUGGUGGCAAAAAUGAUGAUAUAAACACUUAAGGAUUUUUGAAUGAUUUACAUAUCUUAGAGAUUAGGAAUUUAACAUGGAGUCAUUUAGAUAUCAGAGGACAUCCUAGUUCAGGACGAUGCAGCCAUUCAGCUACUGUAAUUGAUGAAAAACUAUUUAUCUUUGGAGGUGUAAAUUAUUCAGGAUUUGUAAAAAGUGAUCUCUUAAUUAUUGAGCUUAAUCAAUCAAAAGCAUAAGAUUUAGGUUAAUAUGAAUCAUAAACAGAAAGAAUAUCUAAAUAAUAAUUACAGGUAUAAUUUAAACCUGUUAGUCCACCUAAAAGAAUUCUCAAUCUCAAAUAAUAAAUUGAAUAAAUAAAAAAAGAUAGUGAAAAAGUUAAAUUAGCUGAUAAAUUUAAAAGAAUAAGUAUGGCAAGACAUAGUCGUAACUUGACAGAUGUUCAAAUUUAUAGAACCUUUGCUACUGUUACUGAUUGA